CAAUUGAAACAAUUGUAAAUAUUUCUUCAAUAUGUCUAGAAUUCAUUUAAGAUAUUUUAAUUUACGAAAGAACAAACCUCUUCUGGUUGUAAGAGAUGCCACUCGCUGUCCUCCAACCGUAGUCAUUUGUAUUGUAUUAUAUGUCUUUUUUCUUCUCUGUAACAGCAUUUGUGCGUCUUCACCUCGAAUUGGAUUCUUUCAGUGUUUAAAGUUAAAAUUCGAUAAUAUUUUUAAAGAACGGUUAAAUUGUCGACAAAAUUCUUUGAAGAUUUUCUGUUUCGAUUGUUCCUUCACUGUUAAUGACUGUGAUUUGAUUGAAGAAUUCAAAUAUGAAUUUUUAUACGACGAAAAUUGUGUAUCUAGUCAAAUAUUUGGUAUAUUUUGCUGCAAGAAACAAAGCAAAGGAUGUAUCUGUUCCUGUUUUUCGUGCUUUAAAAGUCUUCCUUUAUAUCUAAUGAAAAAUGUUAGAAAUUGUUUUUCGAGUUUCCUUUUUUCGUUAAUUAAUCCGUAUUUAUAUUAUUUUCCGUGCAUCGGUUACCUUGGCAUAAUCAUUUUUGCUUUAUUAUUAUCAAAAGUUUUAGAUCAGUUUAUACAUCGUUGUCACCAACGCAAGAAAAUGGGGAAAACAAUAUGUAUUAAUUUUUCAAAAGAAAUGAAGAAAAAGCUGAAAGCAAAUAAAUAAACAUUAUCUAUCAAUCAAAA